CCGUGUCAAGGCCAGCGUAUCCGAUUUUCAUUCUGCGAGCCGGAUAUAAGCCAACUCAGAGCCUGUACCUGCUCUCGCUCGCCUUCAACUUUCUUCGCAAGCUUUGCAGCUCCAAUACGGAUUUCCGAUGAAGAAGCUUGCCGUCAUUGCCGUGCUUGGCACAAUAGCAUCGCUGGCAACCGUAUGCCUCGGUGCCCUCGCCGAAGAUUCCGAGAGAGCUCCAACCGAGCCCGCUUUCGUGCGCCUUGAGCCCCGCGAUAUUGUCACAAUGGCCAACAGCUUGAUGCAGACCUUAAUGGACGCCGUCCAUCGCGUGAAUUCCUUCACCACCGCCGUAUCCCUCUGGGGUACGGUCGGUGGAAUCAUACGUGAGCUACUGAACCAGGGGCAGCCGCUCCCGAUCGAUCAGAUCGUACAGGCUUCCAACGGCCCGCUGUCCAUCAACAGUUUUCUUGGGGUUCUGCCGUACUUUAUUCCGGUUCUCUCCAUCAUCGGAAUGUUUGCCUUGGCCAUGCUCACCCACACGUCAGAUCAAAUGCGCCUGGCGUAUCACACUGUCUAUCAGAUCCCAAACGAUGUCAACAACUUUGUUGCCUCGGCAUUGAACGGUCUGAGCAGCUCGGUUGGCAUUCUGACGACCGCCAUCGGUACUGCCAUCGAUCAUAUGGCUAGUGUCGAUCUACCGAGUGCCAUCAGUGGGUUUUUGCAAGUCGUUCAAAUCCCACAAAUCAUCGCGCUGAUGAAAUUAGUCAACCCCACCGCGACUGCCAUCACCGCGAACGCCACUCUGGCAAACUCCAAAGUCAGCGUCUUUCAAUCCAACAUGAACACUCUCUCGUCCGGUGUCUAUUACUACAGCGGAGGUCAAGCACCAAACGUCAGCAACAUAAUGAAUCUGAUCCAGAGCAUCAACCAGAUCCUGGGCAACAUGCCCGACUUUGUCCAGCAAACGUCGCAGCUCCAAAACCUACCGGACUUGAACGCCACCGCGACACAAAUCAACGGCCAAAUCACGAGCCUACAGAAUGCGUCGUCCAAUCAAAUCGAGGGUAAUCAUGAAGAGCUGUCCAGAUCUGAAGUUUGCGUCGGCUCCGACUAUGGCUCCAAACGAUAUCGGUCUCGGUAUUUUGGUGCCAUGAUUGCGACCUGCGGGACCGAUGUCAUCUCUAGGGCCAACGUUCCGAAUGUGUCAGGGUUCCUCCCAAGCCCCUCGACUUACUUCAAGUGGAUCAACCUUGGGGCCAUCAUUGUUGGCUUGUUUGGUCUCAUCUUCUUCCUGGCCGCGCUUUUAUUUGGAUACGCUUGCGACACGGCCUUCGGUAACGGUGGACAGAACCUACAAAGCGCCCUCACAACCGUCCAUAUCGGCAUUCCAAUCAGCCCGGUUGUAGCUCUUACUGCUGUCAACCAAUGCGCGCAAGGCAUAGACAUGCUGCACGUCAUCCAAAACACCGGUCUCCUCCCCGCAUCGAUCGCAAAUCAAACCAAUAUCCCAGCACAAGUGAACUCAACACUGCAGCAAUUCAACAUCUCGAGCCUUUUACAAAACGUCGACACCAGUGCUUUGAGCAACGCUGCCACAGUGCCCAACUCGGUUCGGCAGCUGACUUUCAACACAAGCUCCAUUCCGCUCAGUCAAAUACAAUAUCUCCAAACAGCCGUCGGAUGGAUCGAUGGCAACUUGACCAAUGUCAUCGCCGGCCUGAAUGUUCUCAUCAGUUCCUCCACGACUCAGAAUCUCACGUACUCACCCCCGAGCGUCUCUGCAUCAGAGAAGAGUGCCGCGCUGGCCGACUUUCAGUCCCGCUGUACUUCCAUACGACAGCAAGUAAGCCAGCAGCAGAACGGUCCACAGAUCGCCACCUCGGCCCAGCUUCUUGGCUCAGUGACCAACAUGGAAAAUGGCAUUACAGCUCUGUUGGCCAUCAAGCAGAACCUUGUGUCCUUGGUCGAUGCGCUCGGCCCUCAGCUGGCCGGCUCGAACUUUACCAGCUUGCUGACGAGCGAGCUGAAUCAGGCAGCCAUUCCAAACAUGCUUUCGACUGUGAUGUCGGGUGCACAAACCGCACAGGCCGUGCUCACGACGGCGCUCAGCUGCCAGACAUUGGGAGCCGACAUUCUGUCCAUUGAGUCCCAAAUCUGCAUGGGCGUCCAAGGAGGACUCGAUGGUAUUUGGUUUGGAUUCUUUGUGCUGGUGAUCACAGGCGUCACCACAACCUCGAUCUUUCUGCAAAUGAGCAAGCAAGUGGCCCAGAAAUGGCGCCGUGUAACCGAUGAAGAGGCCAGAGACCCAGAGAAGAAAUGAGAAGGAAUCAGGUCCUUCAUAUCUAUUGCCCGGUAUCGGCGCUGCCGCAACGCUCAGCGGCGGCACUGGGAGCAGUCAAUCCUUCGCCUGCCAUUGUCAUGCAUUAUCAGUCGAAUCACACAUCAACACCCCGGACCAUGCGGCACAGUCUUUGUCGGACAGCUCAUGACGUUUGGCAGCCUGGAUACGUCGCCCUUGAGCGAGUUGCCAGGCAGCCACCUGAGCAUUGCCGGCCAGAUCACAGCCGUGGCGAUAAGCGUGCAGGCAUAGUUCAGCUAGUGUUAUUCGCAUCAGAGCCAACACGAAUCUUGUUGUCGAAAUCAGUUUGACGAAUUGAAUUGUUGAUUA